UGCCUUCUACGUCUUCCAGGCUCAGGCCUUGCGAUCUAACACCGCCCGCGGCACCCAGGCUGCGGCAUGGGGAAUCUACCAUCUGCUGCCAAGCACUGCCUCAGCUACCAGCAGCUUCUCCGCGAGCAUCUGUGGAGCGGAGAGUCAGUGGCAGGGGCGCUGGACCCGGCGCAGGAGGUCUCCCAGUUAUCUGGACUCCCUGAAUAUGUGAAGAUAGUAGAAGUUGGACCUAGAGAUGGACUGCAGAAUGAAAAUGUUAUAGUUCCUACAGAUACAAAAAUUGAAUUCAUCAAUCAACUUUCCCAAACUGGCUUGUCUGUAAUAGAAGUAACCAGUUUUGUGUCCUCCAAAUGGGUACCACAGAUGGCUGAUCACACUGAAGUGAUGAGAGGAAUUCAUCAGUAUCCAGGAGUUCGCUAUCCUGUCUUGAUACCUAAUCUUCAGGGUUUUCACCAUGCUGUUGCUGCUGGAGCCACUGAGAUAGCAGUUUUUGGUGCUGCUUCUGAAUCUUUCAGCAAGAAGAAUAUUAACUGCUCCAUUGAAGAAAGUAUGGGAAGGUUUGAGGAGGUUAUCAGCUCUGCAAGGCACAUGGACAUCCCAGUACGAGGGUAUGUGUCCUGUGCUCUGGGCUGUCCAUAUGAAGGAAGCAUCACACCACAGAAAGUCACAGAAGUCUCAAAGAGAUUGUAUGGAAUGGGCUGCUAUGAGAUCUCCUUGGGAGACACAACUGGAGUGGGCACUCCGGGAAGCAUGAAGAUGAUGUUGGAAAGUGUCAUGAAAGAAAUCCCUCCAGGGGUUCUUGCUGUUCAUUGCCAUGACACGUACGGACAAGCCCUUGCAAAUAUCCUAACAGCUCUUCAGAUGGGAGUUAAUGUGGUGGACUCUGCUGUAUCCGGAUUAGGUGGCUGUCCUUAUGCAAAAGGUGCUUCUGGGAAUGUAGCCACCGAGGAUUUGAUAUAUAUGCUUAAUGGCAUGGGGCUCAAUACAGGUGUGAAUCUCUACAAAGUGAUGGAAGCUGGUGACUUUAUUUGCAAGGCAGUGAAUAAAACCACAAACUCUAAAGUUGCACAAGCCACCUUCAAAGCUCGACUUGAAUGAAUUUAUGAUU